GUUUCGAGUCGGUCGUAUUUGACGGCGGCACCACCACCGUAGAACAACGCUAAACAGCAGCAAUGGCUUCAAACGGUUAUUUUAGACGGACCACUCAAUUUUGGAUGGUUACUAUAACGGUCUCAUUUGGGUUCUUUACUCUGAUCGUGUUUGCACCGGAUGCAGUCCCGUACGAUUGCCUCGGUCCGUUUGGCAGCUUGUGCAGACACCUGGUGUAUUACCAUGCUGACCUGAUGUACAAAGGGUGGUGGGCAGCCGUUGCUGUUCAUGUCUUAGAAGCCCUUUACGCUUACAAGCUGUGCUGCGACAAAGGCAUCAACCACCCGGCCAUUCGCAGGCAGUGGGUCUUCCAGACGUUCCUGUUCGGCUACGCCUCGCUCGGCAUGCUCGUUAAGUACAAUCCGAAGCGCCACAAAAAGUACUGAACGCAGCCGGCGGAGCCUCCAGAGUGAAACAGCUGGACAUUCCUGGUGCCUUUUCCCCCUAGGAUGAGGGAAAACUGAUGAUAUAAACACUAGAAAUUGAAUUAGUGUCUUUGUUGUAACCUUUAAUUCACUGGUGCAUACAUUUGAACUACAUUCCAUUUAUUUUCUAUGAAGAAAAGCUGGAGAAAAUGUUAGAAUUGAUGUUAAAUUAAUAAUAUUGUUGAUAGUUGUUUAAUUAAUUAAUUUGCCUUCAGAUAGAUUUUAUGUGCAAUACAACAGGAGUCCUGAAUCAAUUACUUUGUGCUCUAAUGAUGUUUACAACAAACCUGCAAGGUUGCAAUAGAGAUUCCUCAACUGCUGCUGAGUCGUAACGUCAGGCACAGGUACGCUGCUGCCGGCUCGAGAGAAGAUUUUUAAAAAUGGGAGAUAUUUUCAUAUUUACCUCUGUCACUCUACGGCGCUUUCGCUUCCUGUUGAGGAUGCUGAAAGUCUUCAAUAAAGAGAAUAAUUUGCAAACUGG